AUGCGUUACAUUGCAAUUCUCGCUUCAAUGGCCGUGGUCAUGGCUGAUACCAUCAGCUUCAACUACAACUCUUACCUUUCGGACCUCCAAACGUUGUCUAAUUACUACACUGACUGGGCAAGUGCCUACAGUGGCCUCAGCUCAUACUUCAGCUACAACUCGCAGUACUUUAGUGAGAUCAAUCUGUUCUACGAAAGAAGCGACGUGCUCUCUGACUUGUCUGUAUACGAGACCUUGGGAACAGAUUGGGGCAAGUAUACCGCUUGGUUCAACUCCUACUAUUCCAAGUAUGGCCAGGAGCUUAAUUCCAUCUACUCAGCCAACGGGAUCAGUACCGCGUUUGGUGCUUUCCUGGGCUUUAGCGUGGACUCGAACCUUUUGGCUUCGGCCAGUAGUUUUGCAUUCUCUGUUGCCAGCAACACCGGCAGCGUAAGUACCACGGCUGCAGAUUCUUCUUCUGCCACGUCUGGAGCGUCGUCAAAAUCAAGUGCUUCUGGCUCAGCAGCCUCAUCAUCGCGUGCUAGUUCAGGCAGUGCCAGUGAGUCAGCAAAAACUUCUGGCUCUGGUAGUUCUGGUGUUUCUGGCAGUGCUUCCAAAGCUGCGUCUAGUGCUGCCUCUGGCUCUGGCUCUGCUUCUGCUGCUAGCUCUUCUGGUUCCAGCUCUUCCGCUGCUGGUGGUGCUGACCACCUGAGACCAUUUUUGGCUGUGGGUGCUAUUCUCGGAGGAUUGCCUUUCCUUUUGUUGUAA